AGUACUAUCUUGUCUGCCCGGUGCGCAGACGUCGGUCGUGUAACUGGCCGUGUUUUGAUAACAUACAAUUUUUCUAAAACGUUUUAGUGUGGACCAAAAAUGAAAGUGUCAACUGCAAAAGUGAUAUCUAUGCUGGCCUUGGGGCUUGGGAGUUUUUGUGCUGGUAUGGCACCAUUGUGUAUUUCAGAAAGAUCGAGACAGCGGCAUCCCCUUCUUAUUUCUUGUCUGCUCUGUUUUGGAGGUGGUGUUCUACUAUCCACGUCGCUCACCCACAUUCUGCCGGAAUCCCGAGAAAUUCUAGGAAAAUAUUCAGAACUCGGGUUUUGUGUUGGUUUCUUUCUGGUUUAUUUUGUAGAUGAAUUGGUACAUUUCUUUUACGGCGCACAUCACACCAGCCAAAGAGAGAGAACUAGUUAUGGGACGGAGGAAUCUCGUCUUUUGAGGGAUGAUGAGAUGAGAGAAAGAUGUGGUGGUGCUGAUAAUCCUCGUAUGUGUCAUGUUAGCCAUAAUGCACCUUGUAACAGGAGUUAUUCGGGGGUCAUAGGUUUAUUAUGUGCGUUGCUUGUGCACAGUUUUUUGGAAGGACUCGCUAUUGGCCUGCAAGAAACAGCAUCGCAGGUCCUUCUUCUUUUAGCAGCAGUGGCCUGUCAUAAAUUUGUGGUGGGUUUUUGUCUUGGGGCUGAAUUAUGCGCGAGUGGAAGAAGCCUUAGCGCUCACCUAGUGUCAAUUCUACUCUUCAGUGGGGGUUCAGUUGCAGGCAUUGGGUUAGGUGCCGGAAUCGAUGUUAUAAGCCAGCUGAAGAAUUCAGUUGCUGUGUCCAUCAUGCAGGCAUUAGCUGCUGGAACUCUUCUGUAUGUAACCGUGAGUGAAGUUCUUCCAAGGGAAAGAGCCCGCUGGCAUGAACAAAAACGUUCAGCGGGAGUUGCGCAGUUCUUCGCUGUGGUAACAGGGUUUGCUGUCAUGUAUCUUUCUACCAUGUACUUAGAUCAUGAUGCAGAUUAAUGAGAGAGGGAUUUAUAUCAUUUGCCAUAACGCUUCUAACUAUAAGUUAACCUAAUUGUUGAGUUUUCUAUGACUGAUAAGACGACUGUCCAUUUAAAUUGACGGAUAAUGUAAUUAAAUGAAAAACGUCUUCGAAUUCACAUUUCUUUUAUUGACCAUUUUAACAUUUUUGCUGAAGUAAGUCACAUAAUUGAAGACAACUUUUUAGAACUCAAGGCCUGUUUGUUUAUUACUGUUGUAAUUACAAAUACUUAAUGUGAUUCAGUGAGAUGAAUUUUGUAAGUACAAUAAUUAUUAGAUAUGUUGAACUGUUUAAAAUAGGCAUUAUUUUAUACUUUAUAAGUUUAGAUACAUUUAUAACAUUAAUUAAUAAUUGACUUUGUUUAAAAAUUACAUGGCACUGUUACGUGAUGUUAAAUUGUUAUUGUAUAUUGUUUUGCAAAAAAGCACCAUCUGUCAACGUAUAUGUAUAACCACAAUUUCCUACUCGAAGGCAGAUGGCGCUAUUAUCAAUACAUGCGUAAGUUGUUAAUUAUAUCGUUUUCACGUUUAAAUGCACAAAUAUAAUCUCAGUCCACAAUAUUAUUGCAAUGUUAAAAUUAAUUGUGUAUAAUACAUAAUGUGGAAGCCAUUUUACACAGUUACACGUCGGAAUACCUCGUAUUUAUAACACAAUAUAAAUAAAUGUAUGAAACUUAUGCUAAUUUUAAAUACAAUAAAAGUAUUACAAAAUAGAAUAA